UAAUAUUCCCUAAUCCCGUCACAAACAUUCAGGAUGCUGAAAACAACAGACAUGCUCCUUCUGCUCUUCUGUCUUGUCGGGACUUCGGAUUCCCUGUACAAACAGUGGAUUCCUGACACCAACUAUGAGAACAAGGCCAACUGGGACAAAGAAUCUGUUCCAUGUGGCAACGACAUAGUUCAGUUUCCAGGCCAGAGAAAAGUGUCUGUAUUCGUGGAGACCGCAAAUGCUGUGAAGGAGAUGAGGCUGCCAGUUGAUGGAGAGUUCAUCCUGAAUUCAGGAGCUGGAUUUUAUGUUGUGAGUGGACAAGAUCCGGGCUGUGGAGCGGGUGUUACGAAAAAGUUCAAAGAUUCUGAGUCUCUUCGAUGGUUAAACCCAGCUCUGUGGCAGGCAUCUGCAACCUUGGAUGACCUGCAGCGUGGAAACUUCUUGUUCUCAGUCCACGAGGAAAGUGUCCCUUGUCAGUAUGAUGAUGUGGUUUUCAAAGCCAGCUCUUCAUUCAGGGUAGACACCAGCACCGGUCAGUCCACUGUUCCUGUCAAAUCUGUGUCUGUGCUGGGGAAGAAGUAUGAAAGCACCUCGGAGUUCACCCAGUAUCUCAGCUCACGUUCAGGCCAGCUACAGUUUCACGGGUCCUCUGCUGUCACUGUUGGAAACCAAGAGUGUGGAGAUCCUUCUGGCUGUGCCUGUGGGAAUUCUGUAAACCAUAAGCAGAUCUGUAGCACUGUUCAAUGUGCCUCUCUGGGCUGUAAGAAGCCUCUCCUCCCCGUCGGACACUGCUGUAAAGUUUGUGGUGCCAUUGUCACAAUCCAUUUUGCCACUGGUUUUAACCUGCUAACUUACAGACAAAGAAUCCAUCACCUAUUUCUCGUUUUGCCUAAAUACAAAUCCAUUCAGCUGGGCAUGUCUAAAAUCUUCAAGUCACAGCAGUUGAUGGGGGUCAUCCCUUUUGGUACUUCACCUGAGAUCCAGGUGGUUAUUGUGGAUGAAGAGAAGGGAACACAGUCAGAGGGUCUGGCCUGGGACAUAUUAAAGGAUGCACGUUCUCAUGGCUCAAGCCUGGGUAUCACGGAGGCUGAAUUUCAAGCCUCCUCCGGGAAGACCAGCAAUCAGACUGGAAGCAGUGCUGGGAUGGUGGUUGGAACUGUGUUUGGAGUUUUGAUUGGGAUUACGUUCAUAAUCACUUUGACCUUUCUGAUUCGUAGAGGGGUUAUCCAAAUGCCAUCAUCAUUGCCAUCUCUGCCGUCUCUGCCAUCUCUGAGCAGCUUUAGGAGAAGCAGAAUCGAGGAAGACCUCGGUGGGCCUCUUGAUCAUGGUUAUGAUAAUCCCAUUUUUGACAAGCCAAACAUGAUGCCUGAAGUUCCUGGAUUUUAUGCGACUGAAACACAAAAUUCUAUCUCCAUGACUCAGUCAGGUGUGCACUUUGUAAAUCCGGCUUAUGAUGAUAAUGAAACUGAUUUUAAUGCAUGAAGGUGAGCGCAGUAAACCUUUACAAUGUCAAUGAUUUAAAACAUACUUUGGUAUUAACUUGAUGAUUUGACAGACACAAACAAAUCCUCUUAAUGCUUUAUUUCUGUUUUUUCAGCAAGUGUAAAACACAAAUAAAAGAAAUGCUGGCAGACAUUUGUGUAUUUUUUUCCCCCAUCCGUUGUACAUUCAAGAGCAUUAAAGCUGCAGUAAAUUCUUAACACACCUACUGCUCCACAAGUUGCUUCAGU